GCUGCGGCCAAGGGGUGGGUCGGUGAGAUUCCGGCUUUAGCCCAGCCCGGCCUCUCUUCGCUCCUCCUCUUCCCCAGAAGGAUUUCAAGGAGGCAGCAGCUGUAACCACGCCGCCCCGCUUGCCUUGCCUGCCCGGAUCAGAUUUUCCUGUGAUUGGGAAUUAUGGCUUCUAAUACAGAACGUACAUUUAUUGCUAUCAAGCCUGAUGGAGUUCAGCGGGGAUUAGUGGGUGAAAUCAUCAAACGAUUUGAACAGAAGGGUUUCCAUCUAGUAGCUAUGAAAAUGAUCCAUGCAUCUGAAGAACUGCUUAAAGAACAUUACAUUGACCUGAAAGACAGACCUUUCUAUUUAGGUUUAGUUAAAUAUAUGAAUUCUGGGCCUGUAGUAGCCAUGGUUUGGGAAGGACUUAAUGUUGUGAAGACAGGAAGAGUAAUGCUGGGAGAAACCAAUCCAGCAGAUUCCAAGCCUGGUACCAUUCGUGGAGAUUUCUGCAUUCAAGUGGGCAGGAACAUCAUUCAUGGCAGUGACUCUGUGGAGAGUGCGCAAAAUGAAAUUAGUCUGUGGUUCCAGCCUGAAGAACUUGUGGACUACAAAUCUUGUGCUCAUGAAUGGAUUUAUGAGUAAAGUAGUCCUUCAGAGGAGUCGUGCCUUCUUUCAACAUUUCAUUCCAUCCUUGCAUUACAUGGGAGCAGUUAGCAUAGUUACUUCCUUGAUUGGCACUGUGAAAUAAAGGCAUCAUGAACAAAUAA